CCACCUGUGAAAACAGCGCAACACUUGAUUCGAAUGGCUUACGAAAACAGAAGCGCGAACAGUAAAAAAGAUCGAGUUUCAGGCUUUGUCUCCAGUUUAUAGCAGUGAACAAGAAACAAUAAAGCACCGUUGUUGCCGCGUGGUACGAAGGAUACACAGCAUAGGUAAGGCGAAAAACCACAGUGCAAGACUGCGUUUCACUUUGAAAGUGCUAAAAAGCUGUGAGUACUGGGUGUUGCUCCUCGUAGCUAGCAAAAAGUAUGAUUACAUUGCAUUUAACAUCCUCCAUGAUCAACUGCAACCACGGAGAAGUUGUAAGAUCAGAAACAGCAGCCAAUGAUAAGAAGGAAGCAAUAAAUAUCAAUUCAAAGAAAACUGGCUAUAAAAACUGAGCAAACAGCUAACAAGAGGCAUCUUAUGCUUCAUGGUAUAAGGGCAAGUUGACAGCAGGUGCUCGGCUAUAGAAAACUCGUCCGGAACGUAAAGUGAAUGCCUUUGAUAGAGCAAUCACGAUCUACGUAAGCCAUAGAAUCAGCAACUGGCGAAAAGAACACCGGCAACGAAUCAGUGAUCAAUCAAGAAAGAUCAUCGAGUCAAUAACCAGAAGAAAGAGAUCAACUGACCAGUGAUCGAUCAAGAGACGUCAUCAUCACCAGAAAAAAGAGAUAAUCUGAUUAUUGAUAAUCGAGAAAGAUCAUCGAAUAAAUCACUAGAAGAAAGGGAUAAUCUCGUCAGUGUUCGAUCAAGAAAGGUCAUCGAAUCAAAACCGGAGGGAAGAAAGAAUGUGACCAGUGAUUGAUCAAAAGAGGUUUCAAGUGAUCGACGUGGCAGAAGGAUUGUUAAUCAACAAAAGUGAAAUCGAAACACUGAGCCGAAACAAAGGAAUCCGAAUCAUUAUUCAAAUCAAACAGGUUGGCAUGUGGUUAAGAUAGAAGGAGCAAUGUAUCAAAAGCUGCUUUAAAAAUAAAACAGAAGUUGAAAUAUAAGGCUGUGAACUACGCCGGCGUCUGGCACAAAAUAUCAGGAGUUUAUCCGAAGAGAAAGUACAAAUUCUUCACAUCAAUAUGUUUAGUUACUGUUUGAUAGCAGCUAAAAAGAAGCUCUCAUCCCUUUUCUUGGAUUUUUGCCCUUGUUUUGAUCCUGAGUACAAGAAAUCCCACAAAAUUGACGACAAACAUCGAAAAACGCGUAUAAUGAACAGCUGGGAGGUGGAUCCAGAACUAGGAGGUAGUGGAAAAGGCAAAAUAUUUACGAUUGAGACGAUGAAAAAAUUAGCAACGAAAAAGAUUUGCAAUAAAGAUCUUGAAUUAGCGGACACUAAGGAUUCUUUUAUACUUGAACAAUGUCCUUGGGACAGUGGGGACAGUGAUAUGAUUCUGCGGGUAGAGAGAUCGAUAUUCCCAGUGCACAGGUUUUUAUUAUCGAUAGAAUCAGAGAUUCUUCGAACGAUUAUCGACAGUGUACCAGCAAAUAAGAACAAAACAACAGUAGUGACUCUGAAUGGUUACAAAUCAGAUGAAAUCAAGAUGCUUUUGACGUUUGUAUACUUGCCUGAAGCAGAAAUAAACGACAGCAAUGUCCUUACACUUCUGAACUUGGCAGAUGAGCUAAUGAUCGAAGAACUAGUUAUCCGUUGCGAAGAAUACCUUAUGUCGUAUCGAAAUCAUUCACCAGUUUUAUUGCUAAAAAUUGCUCAUAAAUACCAGCUGCCCAGUCUUGAAGAAUCGGCGGCCAUUAAAGCAAGCAAGAUACGAAAUAUUGACCAAGAUCCUGAAUUUAGAUCACUGGAUGAAAAACAAAGAGAAAAAGUUCUGAACAUGUCUAGAAACCGUUUCUGGAGCUAUUCAGAAACAUUUGAAAGUCAAAGCGAGGCCAGUUAUAGUGGAAUUCGAUCACCAGAGCUAAAGAUGGAAAGGAGGCUCAGGGAUGACGACAAUAAAUUCGAAGGUAGGCUGAACUUUCUUCCCGAGCGAAAAACACUUGAUCAGUUUGAAUGCAGAACGAGAUCGUAGUUUCAUUUGACCCUAACUAAAGCUUGGGUAAAGUAACGUAACAGAGGGUAUAUGUGGCUAGAGCAACUGACAAAGGUCACAGAGAAACCAGGUUUCCCUAAGGGGGACUAAAAUGAUAUGAUAUAAAUAUGAUUGGAAAAGGGUUCGAGAAACUGAUUUGAGCAUCGUGUGAUAACGCACCUGUUACACGCGCCCCUUUAUUCUAAGCAUGUGCUCGAUUGUAAUUUAUCAAAUUUUGAUACACUUUCAUUUUUAAACAGUACAUGUCAAUGCAUGCGAAAUUGUAUAUGAACCUGCUUUUCAAAGCCCCAUUCUCUCAGUUACGUUACUGAUCGUAGGCCAAAAAAAUUUAAAAAUUGUCAGUUAGUUAUGCCAAAUGGGUGCAGCGCAGCGCCAAAGUAUGAAGGAGGGAACUUGAUUUCUUCAAAGCUUGUUGAUCUCGUUCAACAAGGAAGUAUUAAACGAAAGCAACAUAGACGAGGGCAGAAAUCGUUGUCUAUUUGAGUUGAGUUUAACCCUGAGAUCCUUGACUGAACGAGAAACAACCAGAAAAAGAAAAAAAUUGCUGAAAUGGGACAUAAUUUGUUUAGAAGAGAGACGAAUAAACAGGAGAAAAAUUGUUGAGAAAUCUGAGUUUUAUAAACCUGAAGGAAAAACCCUUUGAUAAAAAAUCAUGAUAUAUACAAUGUAAAAUGACAUGAUUCUACACCAACAUUUUCUUAACGAUAUCAUGCGUGUCAAAUGCUAUGAAUUUAUCUCCGUUGGGUAGGCUGACUAAUAAUAAUACAUAUAUAUGAUAUACAUAUAUAUUGUAAUAUUAAUACAUAUGUCAAAAUUGAGGAAUAUAUGAGUAAAUAUAUAUAAAGUAAGAUAUUAUACCACUGUUAAACAUAUACAAGGCUUCCAUUCCUCGACAGUUUUAUCCCACUCUCUCCAGCUAGACCUAAACCGCCUGACAUUUUCCCUUUUAUCCGCAAUUAAUGGUUUACCCAUCACAGCUAUAAUAGACUUUGACUCCAUCGCUUUACCUCAAUUAGCAUCUCUCUCCAUUCAUUAUUAACAAAAGGCUGGAGGGUACUCUUUGGCUCCUGUGAGUCGCAUUUCCACGCGGCGCUGUGAUCGGCAAAAUUUUCCAUUGAAGAAUAAUCUUGCAAAAUGAUAAUCACAAGGCCAAGCAAAUCAUUCUGUCCAGGCAAGAAGUAGCGUCAGGACUAAGCAGCGUACUUAAUAAUUCUGUUUAAUAUGUCUCCAUCUAUACCCUUCUGAUAUUCUCACGAAAAUUCACCCUGACAUAAAUUCUUAUGUGAUAGCGACGGACGCCUCACAGUACAUGCAUGAUGCGAGUAAUGUAACCAUUUUUGGCUUAGCCUUAAAAAUGCAUUUUUCACUUUUGAUUAAAUAUUUCCCGCCAAACUGUGUCGCUGGAUUGUACGAGAUUCCCAGCACCGUCUGUUAAAUCAUGGCGAAAAUUCUCACGGAAUCAAGAAGAUAAGCAGAGAGUUAAGAAUUGAGCUGUCUGAAACUCAAUAUUCAUACUUUCCAGAUAAUGCGAAAAAGCUCAUACAAUACUUGGUUUUAGUAGCCAAAGAAAAUAAUUGGAAGCGAGUGAAGAGAUAGCGAAAAGAGCAAAUUUAAAGGAAAUAAUUUUACAGAUCAACCAUUAUGGUGCUCUUAGAAUGCUAUAUUCAAGCUUGAAAGCAAAAUAUCAUCUAAUGUUGUCGCACAAAUUGCGCAGGAUAUUUUGAAAUAUAUACGAUAAUCCUAGGCUCCAGUAUCCAUGAACUAGAUUUCAAUCUGUUGGCCAAUCUUUUCCAUUGAGAUAAAUCCCACGAGGCUCAGACCACAAACACAACAGCGCUGUUUUUGUUUACUCUCAACCUACCCAUGAAUCAAUCAACAGCGUUUUACUUUAUUUUAUAUUCCCUAGCAAAACUCUCUGGGAUACACUUUAAAUCGGAUGUCAUUUUCAUGUUCAUUCACAAAAUCAAACUCUUAAAUAUUUGAUCCUAGAGACAAUAUUUGCGACAGCAAUUGAAGGCCGUUACUGAGUUGCCAGUUCGGUAGGCUUUUUAGUACAUGAACAGACGACUUCCUCAAAACUUCUUACUGUGCUGUCAUUCAGUGUUCUAUUUUUAGAAUCAAGCCUAUUCCCCUAACCCUGGUCUCUCUCCUUACAUCAACUACCCUACAACUUGGGUGUCAGGAUUUGCCAAUAGUAACGAUGGUGUGGCAAGACCAAAUUUCUCGCAAAAUAGAUAAGCAGCUGAUUCUUUGCAGAAAAAGCUCAUUGAUUCGAUCGGAUAGGAAUACUGCCCUGUAAUUAUGGUCGAAGAACCGUAAAGGCAAACGACAGAUACUAAAGCAGCUCAACGCAACUGUCGGUAAGCAAUUGGCCAAUCAAAGAGAGAGAUACUUCUCAUAGGCCUAUCGAUUGGCUAAUUUUGAUUGGCAGACGGUUAAAGCAACUUAAGCAUACAUAGAUUGCUUUAAUUUCCAAUAGAUUCUAGAGCACUAGUCGAGAAUCGCUUUGCAUCAGGUUUCAACCUACAUACUUGUGCGCUGCGUUUAUUUUGCUUCUUCCUCAUACCUUUAUGUUUAAACAACUUUUAUCAAAGAUUUUUAGGUACCUAUGUAUAAUUCAUUAAAGAUUAGACUGGACAAGAGAAAGAUUGGACAAGAGAAAAAAUUAGUUUUUAUGUUAAAUUUAUUAAUGCGUUUAGUUGAAAAAAAGCUUUUUAUGAACAAAUGUAAUUAAUAUUGCCAUAUAUUCUAUAAAAUUUUGAAAUUUGUAACUUAAGUAAUAUAUCGUUGAAAGUGUAUUAUUGUGAAUAUUUAUAAAAAGGACUUAUUUUUGAAAAAAGUUUUUCAAAAAUUUUGAAUUUAGUUGAAGUAGCAUAUAAAUUGAAAACUUCGACCUUACUUUUGUUAUUGAUAGUCCUAAAUUAUUGAAAUGAAGAAAUAUUUAAUAAAAAAUUGGUCAAAUUUUACAUGCAAAACUCUUCAUACAUAAAGAAGUUCAAAUUGGAACUUAUUACAUAGAAUAUAGUUAAACAAGGGGACAGGUACACUAGUCUCCCUGACAAUUCCCUGACAAUUUCCUGACAAUUCCCUGACAAUUCCCUGACAAUUCCCUGACAAUUCCGUAGGAAAUCUCCGUAUAACGGUAUUGCUGUACACCACAUCUGUUUAGCACCACAAAACAAUACAGAGGAAAGAAUAAAACAAACAUAGUAACGAGGUAGACGCAACUUGUAAGCGAGGAAAAACAGUUUUCUUUAAGAUCGAACCUACUAAGAAAGGAGAUAAAAAAGGUCGCUCUUGCAAAGUGAUCAAGAAAAUAGGAACAUCCCUUCGCCGGAGUACCAAAAACGAAAACAAGAUACCUUAU